AUGCGUUUGCCCUUCGGAUUGACAGGGCUCACCAGAUCACUCAGUCUGGUGGCCCUUGUUGCCUCAACCCACGCAGUAUACAUCCCCCACAAUUCUCUCCACUCGUACUCUUUGGCCCAAAGGGACGUCACCACAGAAGUCACCACAGAAAUCAUCACAGCGUCCACAGCAGUCACGUCGACGGCGAGCCUCGUAGCGGACGCCAGCACUACGAAUACCGCUCCCAGCAUCCGCCUUACCUUGACCCGCUACAGCACCUCCACCAGGACGGUAGUCGAGACGGUCACGUCGGCAGCUACGUCGGCGACGAAUAGCGUGGAGGACAAUAAUGUUUCUGCCUCCACCGAUUUGGCUUUUACCUCUACUGCCGUCGUUACCGACGUCGUUACCUUCACUCCUGCGGUCGUUUCCACCCCUACUGACGUGGUAUCCUCCUCCACCGAUGUGGCUUUUACCUCUACUGCCGUCGUUACCGACGUCGUUAUCGUCACCCCUGAGGUCGUUUCCACCCCUACUGGCGUGGUUUCCUCUUCCACCGACGCCGUUUCUGCUUCUAGCGGUGUCUUUUCCUCGUCUAGCGGUGUUGUUUCUUCCCAUACCGAUGGGGUUUCCACCUCCAUCGAAGUAGACACACUUACCGUCUUCCCCGAGGUCUCUUCUACCUCUAUCUCUACCUCUACCCGUAGGACCACGAUCACCAGCACGGUUACAGCCACACCCAGCGUAGCGGACCGCAAUACUUCCCUUUCUACCGCCAACGCUAUUGAUAGUACCCUCCUUGUCAUUGUGCCGUUCGACGAUACCUUGCACACGGCGUUCGUCACGUCGAGGAGAGGUAAGAGGAAUGUAGCGGUCUCCAGUGUUUCCUCCUCCACCGCUACCGAUGCCUCUACCUCUACUUUAACCGCUGUCGCUCCCGUCUCGACUGAUACCGGUCGCCUGGUCUCUUUGGCCCAAAGGGAUAUGACCACAGAAGUUACUACAGAAGUCACCACAGAAAUGACCACAGAAGUCACCACAGCGUUCACAGCGCCCACAGCAGACACGUCGACGACAAGCGCUACCGAUGCCUCUACCUCUACUUUAUCCCCUCUCAGUACGACCACUACGACUAUUACCUCUACUUUACAUGUAACCGGUGUCGCUCCGGCCGCUUUCACCCCUACCAACCCCAAGAUCGUGACAGCUCCCAUGGUCAGCCACCCGACGGCUCCCGCGCCCACCGAUGCCUCUACCUCUACUUUAUCCCCUCUCAGUACGAUCAGUAGCACUACGAGUAUCACGAGUACCAUAACUUUCCAUGUCACCCCUAGCAGUGAUAGCACCACGACUAUCACUACGAGUAUCACGAGAACCUAUACUUUCACCCCUACGGUCACCGUGACGGCUCCCGCGGUCAUCGUGACGGAGUCGACGCUGGAUGAGGCGAAGGAGGGUUGCCUUGUGUGCCAGGACAUUUUUGAUGACAAUGGUGAGGUGCCGCCUGAGACGUUGCCCAACAAUAGUCGUCGUGUGAAGAGAAGAAGCUUGGACUCUUUGGAGGAAGAUGGCAAGGUUCCGGUGGGGGGGAAGUUGAUUCCUUCGGUGGAUGGUGAUGUCGAGGGCGAGUCUGAUGCCAACGCUACCGUCGAUGUCACUGUCGAUGGACAGGAUGGUGAUGCUACCUCCGUCGUCACCCACCAACUCGUCCCCCCUGAUUUGUUCAACAUCACCCUCACCAACCACACCAACGGUGCCACCCACACCACCCGGACCGGCUUCAAGCCCAUCCGCCUCUGCCCCGUCAACAACAUCACCCUCCCUAGGGGCACCCGCCAACUCGUCCCCCCUGAGUGGCCCGAGUUGAACAUAACCAACACCUCGCCCUUCCUCACCUCCAACACCACCCUCACCCAGCCAUACCAACCACACUACCCUGACCAGCUUCAAAUACAAGCCUAUCCGCCUUUCCCCCAUCAACUCGCCCUUUCUACCCUCCAACAUCACCCUCACCAACUAUACCAACCACACCACCCGGACCGUCCUCAAGUUCAAUCCCCACCGCCUCCCCCCAUCAACAACAUCACCCUCCCAGUCCCCAAUGGCACCCUCCCCACGGCAACUGACCAACCCGAGCCCCUGCCGCAGAACAACACCGAAUCCACCCUCCCUCUCAACUUUUGA